AUGGGUGGCAUGGGGCAGAUCAUGCGCUCACAGUUCUUGUCGCUUCCCUACCCAACGAAGACAUUUACAGGCCAAACCAUCAUUGUAACGGGAUCCAAUAUCGGCCUUGGUCUCGAAGCGGCCCGGCACCUCGUGCGACUUGAUGCCGCCCGCGUUAUCCUCGCCGUCAGAACUCUCAGCAAGGGCGAAGCCGCCGCCGCCUCCAUCGAACAGACGACCAGCCGCAAGGGCGUUGUUGAAGUAUGGGAGCUCGACUUGUCCAGGUACGAUUCGGUCAAGCGGUUUGCUCGCCGCGUGGGCACUCUCGACCGCCUCGACGUAUUCUUGGCCAAUGCUGGCAUCAUGAACAAAAGCUUCAUAAUGCUUGAGGAUAACGAGAGUCAAAUCACGGUCAAUGUUAUCAGCACCCUGCUUCUCGGCAUUAUGUUUCCGGAACGUGAAGCUCCUAAUAUCUUCGAGGAGCUGGCGGAAGAGAGCAAGGCGAGGAUUGCCGACCGAUAUAACGUGUCGAAAAUGAUAGAGCUACUCGCAGUCCGCGAACUUGCAACCAAGGUAACCGAGUCGAAAAAGGACGGCCAAGUCAUCGUCUCCAUCCUCAACCCCGGCUGGGUGAGAACCAAUAUGGGCACCGGCGAUAAGAUAGGACUUGUAGCUACCUUUGGUCGCAAAUUCAUCGCCAGAGAUACCGAGGUAGGCAGUCGGACCCUAGUCCACGCCGCAGAAGUGGACCCAUCGACACACGGGCAAUAUCUUUCCGACUGCAAGAUUGGAGACGGAACCAACAGAGUAUCGAGCUUCGUAUCAAGCAGUGAAGGCGCCGCUACACAGAAGAAAGUAUGGACGCAGCUGUCUCAAGUGCUGGAUCGGAUACAGCCGGCCGUUAUGUCGCUCAUCUAA